CUAAAAUCAAAUUUUGACUAGAAAAUAAAUGGCAGCAGAAGGGGAACAACAACUUCAGACUAAUGGUCACGCAAAGCCUGCCGAAGAGUCACCAAAUUCCAUACAAUCCAAAGAGUUGCGCAGGAAAAAACGCAAGAAAUUUUUGGUAUAUGUUGCACUCUUUACUCCGUUUCAAAUUGCAGUGAUUCUCUUCUUUUCAUUAUACAUAAUGAAAGUCAGAACUCCGAAAUUUCGCGUGCGGACCGCUACCUUUGAUCCUGUGGAGUACAAAAAUGCAGAAAACGCUUCAUUCGACAUCAGAAUGAACGUCGAAUUGGGUGUUAAAAAUACUAAUUUUGGACCUUACAAGUACAGAAACAGCACUGUUUAUUUUUACUAUAAUGAUGUGAGUAUUGGAGAGGCCUUUGUUUCUCAGGGCAAAGCUGGUUUUAAGUCUACAAAGAAAUGUAAUUUGCUUGUGAAUCUUUCGUCCAAGGAUGUGUUACCUAAGGACUCGCAGUUAAGGAAUGAUCUGAGUUCUGGAACGUUAAUUUUUACCAGCAAGUCAAAAUUGGAAGGGAAAGUAGAGCUGAUUUUUGUCAUCAAGAAAAAGAAAUCUACGGAGAUGAAUUGCAUCAUCACUAUUGGAUUGGCUGAUAAAGUGGUUCAGGAUAUAGACUGCGACUAGCAAAUUAUUUCAAUUACCAACUAGAAUAAUUUUCUUGUAAUGUUUACUAACUAGUACCAAAUUUUAAAUCUGAUACAUCAAUUGAUUUCUUUGUUUGUGGAGUUAAACCAGCACUACUCGCUUUUUAUUUAUUUUUACGGCUAUUUGGAGGCCAUAUCGAAAUAAUAUUUAGUUUAAUAAAUGAAAAUUCCAUUUGUUCAGUAAUAAGCAUAUGACGCUAAAUUUUGUAGGGAAGAAGCUUAAGCUGUUGUUUUUAAUUAAUUAGAGGACUAACUAGCAUUAUUGGACACAGUAACAAAUAUUUCAAUUAAGUCGUAUGAAUGUCACCCCUGAAAAACAUGACGUGUGAUAGUAUAGCACUCACAAUAUUGAUCAUGUAUUUG